GUAUCUUUUUCUCCAUUCGUAAUCAUUAAAAAGUGAACGCUCGUGACGGUCAUUGCGUGAAUUUUAUACGUCACUAAAGUUAUAUGCAAAUUAUGGAGGUGUUGAUAGAUUGUUAUUUCGACCGAUUGUUUUCAAAAAUGGAACGCAGUUGCUUAGCUUCGCGAUACAAACGUCGCGAGUUGGUCGGUUAUUUCACAGAUGUGAUAAACAGUUGCGCAGAAGCGGAGAAUCUCGACAAACAGGAUGUGUGCGAGAGGAUCGUCGUCUCGGCUCUGCGUUAUCACAAUAUCACGAUGAUGGAGAACGGCUCGGUCUGUCUGCUCGGCAAAUUUCACAAUGUCCUCUACGUGGCGGCGAAGCUCUGCUACGAUUGGGACAUCGACAACAACGAGAUUGUCAGUCGGCUGUUGAAUGACAUAUUUUACUGUGAAAAAACGUUCGAACGAUUGUUCGUCGGAGCGAUUUUUGGCACGCGCGUAACACAUUUCCUAUCCGGUUGGAAAUGCGAUUUCGACGAUCGCGAGGACAAUAUCCGGGCUCUAGUGUAUUUUUUGAAUCACGCUAUUAGUGGCCAAUUAGAAUAUCGUUGCGAAUCCUCGCUAAUAAAGAGACGUUUCAUUGACGUGCCUAUGGAAUCAUACGGACAGGUUUUGCCUCUGAGAGUCGCGAUUCAGCACGGCGCGCCGGAUAUCCUAUUGAUCAUGUUGCGCUACGGCGCCUCUGUCGAGUCUGACAAACUUGCUCCGUCACCGAUGGAAAUCAUCCUGACGAAGCUGAGCGAGUUCGAGGUGCAGCCUGGUCAGAAAGAGAUUGUUUACCCGGAACAUCUAGUGACAUGUCUGAAACUGCUACUGCGAACCGUGACCACUGUUUGCGCCAGGACUCCCGAUCAUAUUGCCAAUCACAUCGGUAUUUUUAGUGUUUCUUUGUACGAACAGUAUCCCAAUCUGGCGAAUCAAAAUUUGAUACCUCCGGAACGUAGCGGAGUCUGUCCGGCAGAACUCAAGCAUUUAUGCCGUUGUCGAAUCCGCGAAAUUCUCCAUACGAAUUGGGCGCUGCCUCGCGGAAUUAAAAGUCUGCAGAUUCCAGAAUCUUUGAGAAAUUAUCUGGACCUAUUGCAAGAUUAACGGAAAAUACCGUUCGUAGUCACGCGAUGUUUGCAGUUGGCAUCGAUCGUUCCUUUCCGCCCCGACAUGGAAUCUCAGAAAUAUUUUAUCACACGUCUCCGUAUGCAGUUAUGUCCUAGAAUUUCACUGCGACUCAAUAUGAUCGCGCAUUCAUCCGGAAUCCAAUAAAUGCGCGCGACGUCUUUCAAAGUCGCCGUGUAAAUGUGAAUCGUAAUUCCUGCCGCAUCAAUCUGGGCUUGAAGUUCGAUCAAAUAGAUAUAUAUAUAUAUAUAUAUAUAUAUAUAUAUAUAUAUAGAGAGAGAGAGAGAGAGAGAGAACGGAGCAAAGCAAUAAAGCGCAGACUUUGACAAAUAUGAAUUCUAUAUCUAAACGUCAGACUUUACGUGGAAUUUUUGAUAUACGCGAAUAAACUCGUACAACGACGUACAGCAUAAGCCAUUCAAGUAGAUUUAAGACCCAAGGUUUGAGAAAAUGUCAAGUUUAAAAGGUCGACGAUGAUAACGUCUCAUAAUGACGAUGCAUUUAAUGCAUCUUGGGAAUUAGAGAAACGUUUUGUGAGGGAUGCUUGUUUGUCUGUGAUGCGAAUACCAGAAACAUUCGAGAAUAGCGGAAAGUAUGUCGUGAGACGAUGCGAAAUGUACACGUUAGGGAAACUAAAGUUGCGAUCCAUUAGCAACUUUCUUUAAUUUAAAGAAGCGAAAGUAAGGUAAAAGGUGCAUAAUUAUGAAAAUGAGGGACUGAUAAUGAAUGUAUUUUUACAUGUAACAUGAAAAAAAAGUCACCUGUGUACAUAUACAUAUACACACAGGCGCGCAU